UAAAUAUGACCUCUCUUACACAUACACAGUUUCUUUCCUCGGUUAUUUAUGCGUGACGAUCAGAUGAUGCCAUAAAUACUUUUAUUUUUGAAUCUAUACCGGAAGUGACCUCGGUUAUAACCCUGCUGCUCGCCUGGCAGCUUGUUGUCGUGUCGAGGGAGAAACGGGGUUUUCAUGCGGUGAUCGGUGUUGAGUUGACACUUGGACACUUAUAUAAUUCCGGUCCAUCUGAUCUGAUCUUCGGUCUGCUUCCCCGGUGGUGACUGUCGGUGUGUUCUGUCGGGAUGGCCUCGCCGAACGCCAGAUACCAGCAGCUUCCUGACGAAGACGACCCGGAAGAGAGUCCUCAGGUGGCAGCGGAAGCCCCGCCCCCCUACAGCAGCAUCGCGGCUGACGCUGAAGUUUACUCUGAAUACAAGGACAGCGGGGUGUUUCCAAGGCCUCCGUCCUACAACGUAGCGACCACACUUCCGUCGUACGAUGAAGCUGAAAGAACCAAAGCUCAGACCACUGUUCCUCUGGUGACUGGACGGCAGCAGCAGCAGCAGCCUCAGCUCAGGGAGCGACUGGAAACUUUUGACGAUGUAAUUCGCAGUUCUCUGGAGGACGAAGAGUUCGUGGCCAGAGACGAUUUCGAGGAUGCAGAUCAGCUGAGGAUAGGAAACGACGGAAUCUUCAUGCUGACCUUCUUCAUGGCUUUCCUCUUCAACUGGAUCGGCUUCUUCCUCUCCUUCUGUCUGACCACCUCGGCCGCUGGUCGCUACGGAGCCAUCUCGGGUUUUGGCCUGUCCCUCAUCAAAUGGGUCCUCAUCGUGCGGUUCUCGGCCUACUUCCCCGGCUACUUUGACGGACAGUACUGGCUGUGGUGGGUCUUCCUGGUGUUGGGCGUCCUGCUCUUCCUCCGAGGCUUCAUCAACUACGCCAGAGUGCGCAAGAUGGCCGACAGCUUGUCCACACUUCCCCGCACACGCGUCCUCUUCAUCUACUGAGCUGCUCCUGCUCCUCUUUCCCUCCGUCGACCCUCUGGCUUUUUGUUUCUAGGCGGCCGGAGUUGAGCCGCUCACUUCAUCUCUAGGUGUCAGACCUCUUUCAAACACCCCCCCACACCCCCCAGUUGUUGUCGGUGACUUGAUGUUGACGUGUAACUCUGAUGCCUUAGUUUCAAACGCUCCUGUCGUCUGCAGCUGGAGCGCGCGUUCUCUACUCGGCCAGCAGGGCGCGCUGUUGACCGUCGCUUGACUUGUCCGAUGACGUCAUCGGACGUUCACAGCGACUCGGCGGAAGAUUUCAUGCAACGGAUUGUACGACCGGAAGCGCGCGUGCUCGUUUUGGAACCAUGACAUGAUGUAUAUUUUAAACUCGGUCAAAUCUUUGGGAAAAACAAGGUGUCUCGGAAGUGUUUUAUCAUGCGAGCUGAAUAUCAUUUUAAGGUGGAACUUGUUUUAAAAUGAUUUGUGUUUGCGUGGCGUGUUUUCAAUCACAUGAAUAAUCAUAAUUUAAAUGACGUCAGCAGACCGGAGAUCAAUGUCCGGUUGUUUUUGGUUGUAUGACUAAGUGAGCUUUUGGUUGUUAAAGAGCCAAAAUGUCUGCAAAUAAAACUCAUCAAACUUCCAUUCAGAGAUGUUU